AUGGCUUCCCAGGAGACCAUCUACAAGUUCUCCAUGUUCCCCCUAGAGCCACAUGAGAUUAAUUACGAUAAUCUCCCCAAAGAAGGCAACUAUGUUGUCUUCAGAUUAGGCUUUCUCCAUAUACUAAAUAAUAUCAAUUUCCCAACGCGAGAUCCAUACCUGGUAGCAGAGGCAUUCUCAGGCCAUCUUACAAUACCCCGUCGCGAGUACUUAGCACAACCUUUAACCCUAACUCGAGACAUGCUGAUUUCAGAACUACGCUUAACGAACGACGAAGCUGACUCUUUCGCGCCGGUGGUAUGCUCCAUAGUUAAAGAGGUAAUCGAUGAGGUUACCGAUCAUAAUACUGACUCCAGAAUAUUGGCUUUCGCGGUGGAUGUUUAUCCUGAGACUUUGACUUUGACAAAUAAUAACAGCGAGGAAGACGAUGAGAUUGAGAAUGCCAUAAGGGAAUCAGCAGAAGAGUUCCGGACAGUUCCCGCGACCAAAUCAUCCAUCGAAGCGUUAAGGGUUGAGACUGUGGAAGGCAUAAUUAGCAAAACAGAAACAUGUUGCAGUAUCUGUUUGGAAGGAUUUAUGUCUAAUAUUAUUGAGGAUGGUGAUCAUGUCAGUAAUGGUGACCAUAAUUAUAAGGAGACGGCACGAAUGCCAUGCUCUCAUCUUUAUCACAAAAAUUGCAUCGUCCAGUGGCUACAGACCUCUCACAUGUGCCCCUUGUGCCGCUACGCCAUGCCAACUUCAUCACCUUAA